UGAAAAGUCGGUGAUUGGGUUUUGCUGAGAUUGGCUGUGAAAUUAUUAUUAUUAUUUUUUAAUUUUAAAGGCCUGCGAAGACUCCAGAGAUAUAACAAUAAGGAAUGUGUUUCCUUGUUUAUCUAACAAACACCAAAAAACCGGACACAGCAAGUAAACUGGCUAAUAAUGAAUCCAUCCCAGGAGGAGACAGAAUGCAGGCCUCAGAGUGCAGAAGUUGAAGUGGAAGAGCAAGAUGAGGAUAAGGGAAUGGAGGAGGACACCCCUCUAGUGGCCGUUGCACCCGAUGCUUCACUCCCAGAAAAGCAGCCCUCAGCCUCCAUUGUGGUCUCUGCUAGUCCUGCCUCCCAGUGUUUAGAUGAGUUGUUGUCAAUGGGCAGAAUCAGCCAGACCAAAGCUGCCAAACUGAAAUCUACCUACAAGCUCCUCCAUGAUACCUUGAAGAGUGCCCAGGAUUCUGAAAUCCACCUUUUAGAAGAGGCAAAGAGGUGUCGGGCUGAGUUGAAGAGGUUUCAGGUGGAGUUGGAGAGGAUAGAGGAGAAGAGCACCUCUGAGGAGCCAGGAAGUGAGGUCAAUGAACUGAGGCAACAGCUCCUUCAGGCAUGCAAUGAACUAAAAGCAGCUGAGGAGAGAGAAUAUAAGGCACAACACCAGCUAAAGUGUCUCUGGGAAGAGAAGCAGUAUCUGGAGAAAGAGAAUGAAAUUCAGAUGAAACCUGCUGAGCAAGAGGACAAGACAGAGGUCAUGCAGGAUCAAUAUGAGGAUCUGAGGAGAGAGGUGGCACAAAGACAGCGAGAAAUCAGAAGUCUGAUGGAAGAUAUAGAAACCCACGAAAAGCAGAUAUUGACAGAACAGAAUGAGCUGGAAGAUAAGAAGGCUCUCAUUGAGCUUAAAGAGGCUGAGAAGGCCGAGCUCAUCAGAAUACCUGACCAGAUUUUAAAGGAGGCUGAAAGGAAACGCUCGACGAAGGAAGCUGCAAUGAAGAAGAUGAAAACACUAAAUAUGGAGAUUUCAGAAAUUGAGCAGCAAGUAAAAGCGGUGGAUGAGCGAAACCAUUCCCUCAGGAUGAAGAAGGAGGACGUGAUGCAAGAGCUGGAGGGUCUGAGGGUCCAAGUGGAGGCCAGUCAGAGGAUUCAGAGGCAGCUGCUGAAAGAGCAGGAGAUCAAGAAGGAGGAGCUGAAUGAAUUUAUGGGCAACAGAGGCAUCUUGGAAAUGAAACUGCAGAACAUCAUGUGUGACAGAAAGCAUCUGUAUGAGAGACGGUCUCUGCAGCUCAAGGAGAAAAACAGGCAGAUGCAAGCCCUGAACAGGAUGGAGCACGCAUUGACCGCAGCCACGGAGCAGCUCGAACACAUGCGGAAUAUCUACGAGAAGUUAAAGGCAAAGUUAGAUGCUGUCCCCAAAACAGAAGCCAGCUUUCAGCAAAGGAUGGAACUUCAGAAAGAGGUUGAUGCUCUCAAAGUCAGCUUUGAAAAGCAGCUAUUGGCGGCUGAAGAGGAAAGCGAGAGAAAGCAGCAGUAUCGGGUCAUUCAGGAGCUGCUCAGUGACUCAAACCGCCUCAGAGAGGAGGUCCAUAACCUGAGAUGUUUAACGCAAAUCAAAGCAGAGGAGAGAGGCCAGAAGCACCGUGAACUGCUCAGGGUCGAGCAACUGAACGAGCGCAUCCAGCACGAGCUCAAAGAAAAAGACCUGAUCAUCAUGGACCAUAACAAGCUCAACACUAUGCUACAGCGCAGAAUAUUACAGUACUCUAAGCUGUCCGAUAUGGUUAUGGAAGAGAAGAAAAAGUAUGUCAAGCUGAAACAGAUGGCCUCACAGACGAUCACAGAAUUGACGGAGCAGAUUAAGGUCCUGGAAAAUGAAUCGGAAAUCCAGCGAACCAUUGCCAUCAACAAGGACAGAGGACUCUCAAAGGCUCGUAUGAAGAUCUCUAAUACUUCGAAAACAAGGGACAAGCUACGCAAUGACAUUUCCAAGGCUGCCGGGAAGCAGUGCCGGAUAAAUCAGGAGUGUGAGGACAACAAACUGGAACUAAUGAAGCUCACACAAAUGAUCAGCCAUCAGCAGGAGACUCUGCUGGAAAUAAACAAGAAUCACAAAACUGCCAUACAGCGGCGCAACUUCCUAGGAAUCCAGCUCCUGGAACAUGAAGAGAUUUUGUGUAACUACUAUGAGAAGGUGAACAUCCAGGAGGCAGCUAUCACUAAAAGAAACUCGAUUCUGGAGGCCCUGGAGAAGGACAUGAGAGACUUGGAGUUAGCGAUUAAUGAGGAGAAGAGGAAGAUAGACCUGAAGAAGAAAGAUGUACUCCUCAAGAGGAAACUGGAGGAGGAGAUUACAAUGCUCCAAAUAGAGCUGUCAGAAGCCAGGGACAAGACACUUGAGGGUGUGAAGCGAAAAGUUGAUUACAAAGAGCUAAAGGGCAAAGACCUAUCAACGGCAGAACUGGCCAAGAAAAUUGAACAGCUUGAGGUGAAUCUAGCUGAGCGCGAGAGGCAGUUGCUGGAAAAAGAACUCCUGGUGGACCAGGUGACCCGGCUCUCAAAGCCACUCAGCGAGCAAGCUGACAACUGCCAAGAGGACAGACUCUCACUGGCAAAGAAGCUGAAUGAGCUCCGAACUAACAUAAUCAACACCAACCACCGUAUGAUGGCCAUUUCUGCAGAACUUUCCAUGAAGCAAGCUGCUGCUUUAUCUCUACAACAACAGAUCAAAGAGAAGGAGCUACAGAUGGACAAGAGCCAGCGGCGGCUGGAGCAGGGCCUGUCACCAUACCCUGAGAAAGAGGAGGAGUGGAGGAAGAUGCUCCAGGACAAGAAGAGGAGACAGAGGGACAAAGAGGAGAAAGAGAGGCUUGCUGAGAAGGAGUGGAGGCAGUUACCUAAUGGCGAGUACACCACAGCCGAAGCACGUCCCAACGCGUACAUCCCGCUGAACGCUCAGCUGCCUCUGCCCAAACCCUACGGAGCCCAGGCCCCCUUCAAACCCUCCCAACCAGGGACCAACAUGAGACACUUUCGCAAACCUGAGCUCAAAUCCAUAGAAAUAUAGAAGACAUGUCUGUGGACAAGGACGACAUAUUGAACCAUAUGACUGUUCUGUUUUUAUUGGCGUACUUCAGGUACACACACACUAAAGGAACAUGUGUUUCAUUGAUUUGUGUUAUUUAUUUCCACACUCCUUCCUGCUCUCACUAACAUGUGCAUGUCUGUGUGCUGGCUGCUCUGAGCUUGUUCUUGUGGCCUGCAUCUGGUUGUAAUUUUGGUUCCCUUACUGGCAUUUGAUUGUUUACAGUAAAGCUAAAAAGUAAAAGAGAGUGGAAGGGAGGACAAGGAGACUCAGUAAUGUAUUUCUGUAUUCUUUUAUCCACCUAGCAAAAGCAUCAUCACACUUUUACCACCUUUCUCUAGAAGAUAAAUUCAUUUCUCAGGGCCACUGGAAUAUUUCUACGUAUUCUUCACUCUUGUUGUUUCAUCCCUCAUGCUUGUAAUCUCCGAAUAAAUUGCAAUGGG